ACGACAGCGAAAAAAAAUAGUCUUGAUACGGUGUCAAAAUCUGGUGGUGUGCACUGCAAACUUGUAUGUAUUUGUUCUGUAAAACCAUGAAUCGGAUUGACAUGAAGGAUAAAACCCAUUAAGGUUGUGAAUGAAUGAACUAUGCCUCUAUCAUUAUCAGAUGAUACAGAUGAAGUAGGGGAAUACACACGUGAGAAUGGACAAUUUCAGGCAGAUGAGGAUGAUGUCACCAACGAGUUACAGAUUUCAAGUGAUUUAUGCACUGAUUGUGUAUCGUUGCUAAAAGAGUUUAAUUCCGAAACGGCGAGGUACAGAAACCUGGUGAUCGCUCUUGGAGGGUCUAGUGAUUCAGAAUUCCUUAGGGAUGAGCUGAAGAAGACGAGACGAAAAGCAAGUGAGCUAGCCCAGAAGAGUAAGGAGGAGCUGAUGCCUCACAUGCAAGCUAAACAGGAGGGCAGUGGUUAUGACAGGCUGUGGCACACAUUUUCGGCGUGUUUGGAGGUUUUGGAAAAGCACAUGAGGAAGUCUUUGGAGUUAGAACGAUCCUUCCCGAUGGUGAAUGGUUCAACGAUUUCGUUGGUCAUUAAUACUGGACUUUCAGCACCACUGGUGCUUGAUAACAUUCCUGUAAGUGUUGAAAACUUAGACUCACCGCUAGUCACCAAAAAGAAUAUUGAAUUGAAGGAACUCAAGAGUUUAGAAAAGGAAAUUCAUGACCUGCGGGAAAUGCGAGGCGAGAUGCAAAGGAAGGUGGACGUGAAGCCCUGGAUGAUUGAUCCUGUUUCUGAUAGUAAAUUUGAAUGUACCAAGUCUCAGAGUACAUUGAGUGAAGAAACUUCAACAUCUAAUGACUCGGUAGUGGAUCUGAGUGCACCACAAAGGAACAGGUGUCUGUGUCAGAUGACAAUCGCUGUGAUGUCUUUUACUCUAUUCGUUGCUAUCAUUAUGGUUUGUGUUAUACUCAUCGUUAAUGAUUAAAAUUAGGGGUUAAUGUGUUAGGGGAUGUGGUAGGGAGCUUUCGAUUUGCACGAAGACGUGACUCUAGAAUGGAUUCACUCAUGCAUGACUGUCCUACAUUCUCUCCACAACAUAUAUUUGGACACAUACUAUCCUAAAAUCCACACGACGAGGAGAACUUAAUGUUCUCGCAGGCGCAGAUGAAAUAUUAGUGACAUCAUUACGUUCUAGAUUCUACCGUGUCGUGAAAUCGAAAGCUUCCUAAUUGCGUAGGGUGUGGGUAGCAAUAAUCUUUGUUUUAGUUCAACCAUCUUUGUGUUCUUCAUCCUGCUUUAGCUGUGAAUUACAGUACAUUCCCUCAACAAAAGUCUCCAAGCAAUACAAUAUGAAAAACUCAUUUGCAAUAUCAUCCAAUGCAUAAUACUUACAUCAAACAGAAAUAUCAAAUUACAUCAUUUUCAAAAAUUAGUCACAUUUAAAUCAACUCUGAACCACAUAAGUAACUUAGCAGAUGAUGCAUAAUGACCAAUUAUUAAAGUACUUUCAACUAGAAUGUAUUUGCAAAGAAUAUUGAACGGCAAGAGAUCCAACUUUCGGGGUUUCGUUGAAACGCAAUUCCUAUCUCAAAAUGUACUAUCAUGAACUAGAGGGCAUGCUUCAAAAGAAUGUAAAAGGUGUUCAUAAAUAGGGCACCCCCUAUCUCCUGGUAGUACUUUUUUUAGCAUUUCACUGCGUGCAUACCAAAGAUCUUAUAAACACAAGAUGGCGUUCUCCGCGAUUUACAUGUAACAAAUAGAAGCGUCGAUUUGGCAGAGAAAAGUAAUCAUUUUUGGGAGAGGGCGUCCUAGUCGUUGCCAUGAAUCUGAGAUAGGGUGUUCGCUUUACGCCAAAGUUCGUUACCAAGUACUAAAGAUAGGGCGCAUUGUAAAUCGGACGCUUCAAAUUGUUACGCGUAAACGUAAAGUCGCACAGUGUACGCUAUAGUCAAAGCAGUCAAAGUUUAAAAGUUUUCACUUUUGCAAGAGGGCGCCGUACACUUCUUUAUUACAGAAUUUGCACGCGGAAAUCACGCAGAACACUAUCUUUGUAUUUAUAAGAUCUUCGGUGCAUACAAAAUCAGGGCAGUGGGACCUCCUUGCAAUUCUAUACUCUUUGGUGUUGGUCGUUAUUACUUUCGUCAGUUUAUAAAUGCUACAUUAUGAUACUAAUUUGCAAUUUGAUAUGAUAUUUUGUGAUGUAAAUCGCUGUCUACACUAUCAAAUUUUAUGUGACAAAAAACUGAGAUAUACCCAUAUUUGGGUGUACUAUGACACCAUCAUAUAUGGGCACAAAAAAUGUUAUAGUGUGGAUGGAACUUAAAAGAUAUACUGUCUAUUUUGAGUUAAAAAAAUAAAACGCAAUAUUUAAAAAGUUAUCUGCUUUCAAUUAAUAUAAAAACUUUGUCCAGACUCAAAUUUUCUUUGACAAAAAAACUGUUGUA